ACAAUUUGAACUUUGGGAUUGAAGAAUUGUUUGGGCUCCAUGGUUUCUAAAGAAGAACAAAAUUCGUUAAGUUCUUUCCAGUUUGAAGCACGUUUGACUCAAGCCAGCCUUAUAAAAAAGAUCUUGGAAGCUAUAAAGGACUUGGUUACAGAUGCAAAUUUUGACUGCUCGCCUGAAGGUCUUUCGUUACAGGCCAUGGACUCUUCUCACGUCUCUUUGGUUUCCAUGGUUCUUCAUGCACAAGGAUUCGAAAUGUUCCGUUGUCAAAGAGCAGUCUCCCUUGGUAUCAACUUGGCUUCCUUAACCAAGAUACUGAAGUGUGCAGGUAACGACGACAGUAUUACUCUUAGAGCAGAUGAGAAAGGGGAUAAAGCAGAGUUUGUCUUUGAAAGCCAGAGUCAAGACCGUCUUUCUGAGUUUGAAUUGAAACUGAUGGAUAUAGACUCGGAACACUUGGGUAUUCCGGACACAAAAUAUAGUGCAAUUGUGGAAAUGCCUUCUUCAGAGUAUAGGCGUAUUUGUUCCGAUCUAGGGGUGAUGGGUGAUACUGUAAGAAUAUCAGUCUCGAAAGAAAGUGUCAAGUUCCAAGUGGACGGUGAUAUUGGCAAGGGAAGUGUCUGUCUUCAUCCUUCUUCCGUGGUUGAUAAGCCUACAGAAGUCGUUAAGAUAUCUCUUGAGGAGCCUGUAGAUAUGAUUUUUUCUAUACGGUAUCUCAAUUAUUUUGCCAAAGCAGCCCCCUUGAGUGACACUGUUACACUUUCACUCAGCAAAGACUUUCCUUUGCAAAUAGAGUUUAAGUUUGGUGAGCAGAUGGGAUACUUGAGAUACUAUUUGGCACCUAAAAUAGAUUGAGUUGUUGAGCUUUCCUUGUUUCUCUUGUCCGAAUAUUGUUUGAAUAAAACAGAGACUAUACAUUAUAUUUCCUUUAGCUAUCAAGAUGAUAUAUAUAUAUUUGUCAGUUUGUGAAUGAAGUUUCCUUUUCACUUUGUCAUUUUGUAGUAAACAGACCAACACUCUA